AGCCGGCUUUGGCAGCGACAUUCCAGCGGAAACUCGUCCUCAUCUUGUUCUGUGAUGGGAAAGCUUUCAGCGUACAGGGUGUAAAAUUUAGUGUAAUGUGAAGAUUAAGGCUUUGCUGGGUAGUUUAGUGAUCUAAUUACAGGAUUUAAUCGCGUUAUCGUGGUCUUUGAUUUAAAUGGCUUGAGUCUAAACCAGGUCCAUACAAAGACUUUGUAGCUGUGCGAACUACAGAUUAUCACGUCUCGACUGUAUCACGACUGUACUACCGAUCACCCCGAGAAACCACUGAAGAUGCCGCUCGGACUCGGCCGACGGAAGAAAGCGUCUCCGCUGGUGGAAAACGAGGAAGCCGAGCCGAUCCGUGCUGGGCUCAACGUAGAUGGACUGGACGGUGGGCGGGUCGGAAUCGCCGAAGGUGUGACACAGGAAGGUCUUCCUCCUCCGCCCACUAACCUGCGACCUCGUCUCAUAUUCCACACCCAGCUGGCGCACGGCAGCCCCACGGGUCGUAUAGAGGGAUUCGGGAACGUCCGUGAACUCUACGCCAAGAUCGGGGAAGCCUUUGCGAUCCCGCCCGAAGAGGUUAUGUUUUGCACACUAAACACCCACAAAGUGGACAUGGACAAGCUGCUGGGUGGCCAGAUCGGCCUGGAGGACUUUAUCUUUGCUCAUGUGAAAGGUCAGAGGAAAGAAGUGGAGGUGUUCAAAGGCGAGGACGCGCUUGGACUCACGAUCACUGACAAUGGUGCCGGCUACGCGUUUAUUAAGAGAAUAAGGGAAGGCAGCAUCAUCCAUCAGAUCCAAAUCAUCAACGUGGGAGACAUGAUCGAGUCCAUCAACGGUCAGACGCUUAUCGGCUGUCGACACUACGAGGUGGCCAAGAUGCUCAAAGAGCUGCAGAGGGGGAAAAACUUCGUCUUGAAGCUGGUUGAACCGCUGAAGGCUUUUGAUAUGAUCAGUCAGCGGUCAGGGGGCAGAGCGGGGUCAGGGGUACAGCUGGGUACAGGCAGAGGGACGCUACGACUCAGAUCUAAAGGACCAGCAACAGUGGAGGAGCUGCCCUCAGCGUUUGAAGAAAAGGCGAUAUCGAAAGUUGACGAUCUCCUGGAGAACUACAUGGGAAUACGAGAUAGCGAGCUCGCUGCCACCAUGGUGGAGUUGGGCAAAGACAAGAAGAACCCAGACGAGUUUGCGGAGGCUUUAGACGAGACCCUUGGUGACUUUGCGUUCCCGGACGAGUUUGUGUUUGAUGUCUGGGGUGCGAUCGGUGAUGCGAAGGUCGGUCGUAUUUGAUGGAGAGCACGUGGGAGUGAACAGGACUGAAAUGGAGAUGUUUAAGGGAGGUUGUGCUGCCACCCAGGACACUGUUACUACUACAAACUAUAAACUACACCACAGAGUGAGUUUUACACACAAAAACCCUUCAGCUGUCGGCAUUCUGGACUUUCUCUGGGAGCAGGUUUCAUAUUUUAAUGCAAAAUGCCGUGUUAACUGUUGUUCUGACCCUGAUGUCGUGACCUUAACACUAAUGUGGAACACACACGCUGAAAGUUCCCCUGUUUCAGAUAAAUGUUAUGAUAAGUCCCACUCUGCACGUUGCACGUGUAAACCUCUCUCUCUCUCUCUCUCUCUCUCUCUCUCUCUCUCUCUCUCCCUCUCUCUCUCUCUCU